AUGUUGGUGAGAGAAAAACCAGACGUGAGAAUUCGAAUUUCAAGUCGGACUGUAAAUAAGGCAGUAAGAAAACCUGUCUACACUAUACCAACUAUUGAAGAAAAAUUGCCUUUUCUGACAAGUGCUAAAGUAUUCACAGUGGUGGAUGUUUCAGAGGCAUUUCAUAAUGUUGAAUUGGAUUACGAACCGUCACUAUUAACAACUUUUAAGGGUCCAAACAUACGGAAUCGAUAUAAGCGAAUGCCUUUCGUCAUCUCAUCAGGUCCGGAGGAAUAUCAAAGAAGACAACAAGAAUUCCUUGAAGGGUUGGACGGUGUUAUAAAUAUAGCAGAUGAUAUAUGUGUUUUAGGACGGGGUGAUACAAAGGAAAAAGCUAAUAUAGAUCAUGAUAAAAAUCUCAUCGCUUUGUUAGAUAAAUGUAAAGAACAAGAUCUUAGGUUGACCGUGAAAAAAAUGCAAUUCAAGUCCACUACAGUAACUUUUAUGGGACACAAAUUAACUGAUCAAGGAAUUUGCCCAGAUCCGGGAAAGGUUAGCGCAGCUCGGGAGAUGCCAAGACCUCUUGAUAAAGUUGGGGUACAGCGUUUUUUUUGGGGAUGUGUAAUUAUUUAUCAAAAUUGUGUCCAAAUCUAAGUGAAACAGUGUUGCCGUUAAGGAAUCUAGUCAAGCCGAACGUUGAAUUUAAUUGAUCAGAUUCGCAAGAAAAGGCUUUCAACGCAGCUAAAGAUCUUAUUGCAUCAAGCACAAAUUUGCGUUAUUAUGACGUUAAACUUCCAGUUACGUUACAAGUGGAUGCGUCGGAUGAAGCUAUUGGUGGGGUACUUAUACAAGAAGAAAAACCAGUUUGUUUUACGUCACACACUUUAACAGAUACAGAGAAACGAUAUGCACAGAUUGAAAAAGAGUGUUUGGCUAUCAUGACAAGUAUGAAGAAGUGGCAUCAGUAUCUCUUUGGUAAACAUGACAUUAUUGUGCAAACGGACCAUCAACCUUUAGAAACAACUUUUAAAAAGCCACUUGGUAAGGCACCUCGAAGGCUUCAACGGAUGAUGCUUCAACUACAGCAGUAUAAUUUUGAAGUUGUGUAUAAAAGAGGGAAAGAACUUUAUGUUGCAGAUACUUCGUUACAGGCAGCAUUAAAAGAAAAUUGCGCGGUGGAGUUGGAGUCAGAAAUGGUAUUUCGAGUUGAGCUGGAGCAGAUGGGUUUAAAACGAGCCAUGAUGUCAGACUGUACGUUAAAUAGAAUGAAAGAAGAGACCAGAAAAGACCAAACGUUGAAGUGUUUGUUGGAAACGGUACGAAAAGGAUGGCCAUCUGAUAAAUUAAUGGUUCCACCGUGUAUCAGACAGUUGAUUAACUUGUAA